AAGCAGUCUGUCCUCUGUCAUCGCACGCGCGCUCUGUCGCUCUCUCUCGCUCUCUUUCUGUCCGCCACCAGCGUCUAGCAGCGCAGCGUACGCUUGGCUGUACGCUGAACGGUCCCCUAUAAUAUCUUGGCAGAGCAGCCGUGUACCGUGUACGGGGUACGCCAGUCGCCGUCAGAACUUUGCAGUGGACACACGGAGAUCGUCGACUCUGGUUGUUGUGUCUCUUUGUUUACGUGUAGAAUUAGUCUUCGGGAAAGUAGACGUGCGGUGCUUAGUGCUAUCAUAAUUCCUACAGAGUGUGUGUGUGUGUGUGACAAGCAACUCUAUCAACAUAAUCUUACUGAAAAAGACUGCCAGUAACUGCUGCCACCAUCAACAAAAAACCAUAUCAAACCGUACAUCACGCCGUAACUUCCUGCCGUAGCUAGGAUUGCGGACACUUGAAGACUGCAGAGAAUCCAUUUUGUUUUGUGGCCCACCUGUUCGUACGUUGUUUAUUUUCAUCCCGUUUGAAAGAUACGCAACCCAUACGACUCGCUGGACAAUAAGACGCAUCGACACGCACACCGACGCAGCGUGACGGGAAAAGCCGUGCUGUCGCCCAGAGCCUCCAUUGCGGUGAUAAAUGAAGCGCGGGAAAAUCUAAACAAAAAUAACUGCAACGUUCAAAACCGUACAAAUAAGUGCUAGGGGACGGAUUCUGUUUUGUGUUGUGACGCGCACUGUCUGGUGUGGUGGUGUGCGUAACUGUGCGUAGGGUAGCCAGUGAUGCAAUUGCAGUGUCCCACUAGAAACGGUUGCCGUAGAAACGCGUCCCGUUGAAGUGCCCCAGUCUCCGUGGUUUGUUUCCCCGCUCCGGCGUGACGUCGUUAAGAGGUUUGAGGCUGUCGAGAUUUACAUUUGAAGACAGAAACACAACAAAAAAAUACGAGAACUUCCUUGAACGGUUCAAUAGAAAACAGGAAGCGCCAUUUUCGUAUCCGGUUACGCACACCGUAAAAUGGCAUCACUGUUGCACACCGACACCCAGGGUUGCAGCACGGAAUGAUACGCUGUCCGUACAUUCAUGAGAUGCAUGAACGUUUGCUAGGACCAACGCCGAGACGACCGCUGCCAAUCUCAUUUCCGCCGCUCGCCAAACCGGAAGUAAUGGAUCGCGAAAGUGACUGUCUGCUGGACAGCCGUCCCGAGAGCCGCCAGAUCGUCGGCACGGUGGUUAAGCUUAAUCCGGACGGGUUUGGUGCUCACACCACCUCCACACACCAUCACCCCCAUCAUCAUCAUCAUGCGCAGCAGCAGCAGCAGCAACAGCCGCACCACCGAACGCCGCUAGUGCCUUGCAAUGGGACGGACGACGACGAGGAGCGUGCCGGGGGGCAUCACGCACUGCGGGACGGAGUCCGUACCGUGACCAGCACGAUCAGUGACUCGGACGAUGACGGUAUCCAUCUGCGGACGCAUCUGCGCAAGAUCAUCGAGGGUCGCAAACCGAAAAAUGCCAAAACCUCACUCUUCAUAGUGACCAGUCUAGUCUACGCCAUGCUGCUAAUCGUUGUGUGCGUCGCGUACGUUAUCAGCGACGUCACCACGCACCGUCUGCCUGUGAUCUACUACGAGGGCUUCUUCACCUAUCUGUACGGUGCGAGCAUACUGUUCCUGCUGUACGUGUUCUGCUUCCUGCUGCAAGAGAGUUCCUGCUGCAACGGCAAACCGAAACCACCGAAGGAGAAGAAACCGAAGAAGGAAAAGAAAUCGAAAAAGAACGCUGACGUGGAGGCGGGCAAGGAGGGCAAAGACGGAAAGGAGGCGGCCGCCACCACCACCGCCAAGGAUGGUGCAAGCAAAUCAGCCAAGGAGGAGUCGAAAGGCAAAGGGUCGUCCACGAAAGCUAGUUCCUAUCAGUACUCGAAAAAACAGGAAGUUUACCCGAAAAAAAAGCGUGACCAGCUGCGCGAGUCACAGAAUCGCCGUGAUUCGGCGGCGGUUUCGACACCAUCAACACCAGUAGCAGCAGCAGUAGCAUCAGCAGUAGUAGCAGCAUCAGCAGUAGUAGCAGCCUCUCCGUCAGGCACACCCGGAACACCGAUCUCACCUUGCGUCAGUCUAUCGUCCACACCGGCCAAACGGCGAGACAUCCGGCCGGAACAGGUCCGGUAUCGUGCAGAACCAUGCUGGGUGCAGGAGGCCACACCCAACCCGGAAGCUGCUAUGUCUCCAAGGUUCAAGCGUAAAACUACUCAAGAUCCAGCUCACGGCAGUUUCUUCCUGCGUGUUGGAGCAAUCGCUUUCGGUCUUGGAACGAUGAUCUACACUGGGCUGGAGUUCGGAUCGUUCUUUGAGAUCCCAUUCACCUCUCCCUGCCAUCAGAUAUUGCGAGGCGUCAACCCACUGCUUCAGAUGAUCUUCACCUUCAUGCAGAUGUACUUUAUCUUUAUGAAUGCACGGCUCAACAUUCAUCGCUUCAAAGUCCUGGCCCGGUUCGGCUUGAUGCAUAUCGUGGCGACGAACAUUUGCGUCUGGAUUCGCACACUGGUGCUGGAAUCGCUGAAGGAAAUUACUGCCUACCAUCAACGCCGUGGACCAGAACCGGAGGACUCGGUCAUUCUGGAGAACAUCCGUCAGCACACGCUGCGCAACGCUGGAAUGGUGAUGGGCACCGAUCUAGGUCCUAGUGGCGAUACCGAGUGGGAACCGAUCAGCGUUAAUCUGAACGCUCAGGAAGAUCUGCUGUCUCAGGAUGCGUCCAGUGUGCUGUCAAAGAUUGUGCAGGGUACGGCGCAUACUAUUACGGAGGCAGCGACCACACUCGUAACUGCUGCUACAUCCACCUCGACCGCCGCUCCAACCACAACGACUUCAUCCUCCACGAGCACCUCGACCACAACUACGACCACCUCCACUACGACCCCAUCGACUACAUUGGCGUGGAUUGAACCGAACACUGGAUCUACCAGCACUACUACCAGCACCACCGCUCGUGGACUUCUCGAGCGUCUGCGGGACGUAGUGGCAACGGAGACGACCACCACGUACGAAACGCCCUCGGAUCAUUUCGGUAGCGGACACGCAAUGUCGACCUCGAACGCGGUGAACGCAACGACCGCCACGCCCUCGACCGGUUCUUCGUUCCUGGACUCGUUCAUGGACCAUGUGAACUAUCUCCAGCGCAACAACAGUCUGGACCAGACGUACGAAAGCUUGGACGCACUGUUUCCUUCCGCGUUCAUUGCUACGUCCACUGCCGUCUCGACCAACGCAACUGCGGUUAGCUGUGGACGGGUUAACAUCAUGGGCACGAUUGUGCAGGACUCGGCCCCGUAUCUGUACCCGUUCAUUAUCGAGUACUCGCUGAUUGGUGCUGCCGUCAUCUACGUUAUGUGGAAGCAUAUUGGACGCUACCCGAAGUUCACCAAUGAGGAAGACUUGGAGCACCGUCUGGAGGUGAUGUUGUCUCGCCGUGCGGUCGUCAUGGCACAACAGGCUCGUACCGGUCGCGUUGAUUGUGUCGGUGCGUCCAAGGGUCUAUUCUUCGGAUUGCUACUGCUCGUUGGUUCGCUGAUCUGUCUCAUCCUGUUCUUCGUGCUCGUCAGACACCCACAACUGUCACUGUUGGCUAUCUACCUGGCAGAUGUAUCACACUGCGCUCUAAUGGUAUUGGCCAUCUUCGCUAUCAUCAUCGGCUUUAUCCGCGUACAAAAUCUCAAGUUCCGCUGCGAAGAACAGAGCAACCUGAACGACAUCCUGCUCCGCAUCUCCGCGUUCGGUUUGUUCGUGUACUCGACGUUCAGCGUUAUUGCCGGUUCGCUUAACGCGUUCGAAAGUGAACCGAACCUGCUGGUCAUGGUGACAGGCAUUGUGGCGGUGGUACAGGUCGUAAUUCAGCUGCUGUUCAUUGCGGACGUAUCGCGCCGACGCGUUCACCUGCCGGAGCACGAUCGCAUCAAACCGGGCCGCCAGAUUGUAACGUUCUUGCUGAUCUGCAACAUCUCCAUGUUCGCCAUCUACACGUUCGAGGCGCAGAAAGUGUUUGCCAACCCUGUGCAAUUGGACUUCUACGGCUUCAUUGCUUGGUCGCUGAUCCAGCGUGUCACCUUGCCGCUGUGCAUCUUCCACCGUUUCCACAGUGCUGUUACGCUAGCCGAAGUCUGGAAGACUACCUACAAGGCACGUCUGGAGUAAACCAAUCGUCAACAGAGCAGUGCAGUGCGAGCAGGAAAUUGGUCACCGCGGAACAUCAACACCGGUUCCACGCAGUUCUAUGAGGGUUAAGGAAAAAAACAGCCACAGUCAACGCACAUCUCUCACAGAACGCAAAACAUCUCAAGGCGCCCAAAGUUUUUUUUUUCUAAACGUUUGCUUAACUUGAACAGCACAAAGUGACCGGUAACUGACGACGCAAUGCGGUGCUAGCAGGACGAAUGGGAUUGCUCAACGCAACACUAGUGGAGGAACGCUACGAACCGAGUGAUGGAAGCGGCAACAACAAAGUGAUUUGUUUCGGAACUGUAUUUACUUCCUUCCUCAAUUUUUGGACUAGAAUUCUAUUUCUCUUUUUCGAAACGAAAAACCAAGAAAAAAACUAAACCAAAAAAAAGCGAACACAACCAAAAACGGGGAUAACUUUUUUAACGAGACAGCUACAGAGCGAGAUAAUGGAGUGGAGAAGGAUGUGACACAAACACACACAAAUCUUAACUAUAACUUUAUACAUAAAAGAAGAAAAAAAACAAUCCUAACAAAAAUUUCAAAUACGAAUCGUACCGUUUUUGUACCGUUCCACCUAACUAUUUCCCUCCUGUGGACAGGUGUUUUUUUUCUCGAUUUUCCCUAAAGCAGAAAACCACCAUAAUCGUGACCCACUGCCCGUUGGUUGGACUGGUUUUUCUCUUCCAAUUCUUUUUGAACUAUUUUAUUUUUACUAGCGCGCGGUGCUACUCGUCACACGCGUAUGUCCGAUCCGUGUGCAGUGGAAGUAAGUGAGUCUUUUUGGUGGUGGUGCAGAAGAUCCUCUUGCAAAACCGAAAGCAGAGCUAAGAGUUAAUAAAAGGAGGAGGAAGAAACAGAAUAUUAAGAUACAGAUCAUCGCGAAUCUGGGCCAACCGAUCGAUGCCAAUGUUGAUGGCGAGCGUUUUUCGGAUUAAUUUAUUUUUUAUCUUUCCCUCUAUGUAUCGUAGCGACAGGUCGAUGGAGCGUGGGUUAAACGAUAUAGCCGACACGGAAUCUCACCCGAAUUUUUGAGCAAACACUCGAUCCAGUGAUGGUUUUAGGUUUAGGAGAUGGCUUUAUUUAUGUUGAAUUUUGUUUUAUUAUUAGCUUUUAAAGGGCAGAAAAUCGAAAAGCGAAACAUUUUGUUAAUUGAAAACACAUUUACUAAAGCUUAUGUUAGGCGUAGCGGGCAGGCUGUUUGAUGGAAAGUAGCAAGGGAAAAUCUUUUCUCCAGGGCUUGUUUUGUGGAGCGUUUAGACGCUGAAUUGAGAGGCUGCCGAGGACUAAACUAGUACAAUCGAAGCUCUCAAUACGACCAAAAAGCAUCUCCCUCAAGUAAUGCUCGUCAUACGGUACGAUAGGUUAGUAUAUUUUUUUGAUCUUCCAAACUUUCUUUUUCUAAAUCUAAUUUUCGUUUGCUCCAUGCCAAUUAAUAUUGAUCAGUUCAGCAGAGAAUGAACGGGCCCAUUAUAAUAACCGUUGAGCAGGCAAGCCCAGAUUGAAUGGUGUGAGCGUUACGGUGUAAUGAAAUGUAUCUUAACAUUAAUAUAAAACAAAGUAAUGAUAAGCUUAUCACACACACUUACAAAAAAGUAAAAAACAAAACACACACACACUCACAUACGAGUCGAGCAUAUAUACACAUUAAAAAUAUAUAUAUAUAUACAUAUAUUGGUAGUUAUAAAACUUGCAAAUUUUAUUUAAACAAAAAACCAACCAAAAUGUUUCAACAAAUGCGCGUCAUGCGAAUGCGUGCGGUAGUGCUCGAACCCCUUUGCGGAGGGGAAACGAUGGUUUGCAGUGUUUGCCGCGAGGAAAAAAGGGGUCCCGUGUAACGUAAGCGGUGUAAGGGUUUUUCAUUUUCAAUCUUGAAAAGAAAAUAUAUCCACUUAAAUAAACGCAAAGCAAGCGAAGGUAACGAAAAACCAUAAACUUGGCGCCAGUAAUUGACCAUCAGCCUAGGCCGUUUUUUUUUUUUAAAUAAGUUAUAAAUAAACACAAACAAAGCGAAAUAGGGAGAGAGAGAGAGAGAGAGAGAGAGAGAGAGAGAGAGAGAGGACAUAGCUCGUUACAAGAUUGAAAAACAAAAUAUCUCAACUAACACUGAAUCAACGAUUUGUGAGCAGAAGCGUGUGUGUGUGCGUGUAUGGUUUUUUGAUGUUAUUGUAACCUGAUGGAACCAGUGAAACAGUGAAGCAAAAGGAAACCAUGGAAAAUUCGUUGUAAACAUAAACAUGAAAAAAAAAACCCAGAACAAAGGUUAUUAAAGUUGGUUUUAUUUUUUCUUUAUGCUUCAUUUGAAAUUUGAAAUGAUUUCAAAAAAUGUUUACUAAUUGUCAAAUUGCUGGAAAAGCCACUUGACCUACAUAUUUACUUUUGAGUUGAUCGAAUUUUUGUUUUUUGAAACUAAUUUCUACCGUCUCCAAAAAUUAUUUAAAUUUGUUGAUCGUGCUAAAAUAAAAUUAAAAUGUCAAAAAUGUUUAUUUUAAACCGUUACACAAUGACAUCUGAUUUUUUUCAAUUUUUUCGUUCUAAUUAAACCGAGUUGAUAUUGAAUGUAAUAGUAUGAAAUAAUCGCACACAGCAUUUGCACCUGUGUGUUCAAUGUGCAGCGUAAUGUCUAAUAACACAAACAACCGUUUAAAUCCGUACAGAAGCAAGAGUGAAACGUCAGACGUUGCAGUGGCUGAGUAAGUGCGUGUGUUAGUGUUCAUAAUGUUCCUUAAAAAUGGGGGAAAAACAAACAAACAAACAGGAACCCGAAAGCAAACCAAUGCUUUGUUUUCCGAUGGUUUGUUUACAAAAGAAAAUGCGCAACCAGAUGAGAAACAAAAUAAAUAAAGCCCUUGGAUGUUAGCCCCUUUUUUGUGGAUACUUACCGGCGGACGCAAACAAGAGAAGAAGAAAAAAAGAACAAAGUAAAGCAAAAAACAAUACAUGAAUGCCCACCAUGUUUUUACAAACGAUAUUUGAAAUGUAUUUGAAUUUUAUGAACCUUGCUCCAAAACACGGGGAGCAACAACAACAAUUUUUCGAGCAAAACACACACACACGCACACAUACAUGAAGGCAAAUGGGGGAAAAGAUGAGCAAACACAGAAAACGGCUCAAGCUGAAGAGGAAAGAUUUUGCUCCUUUUUAUCUUCUUUUUUCUCGCUCUUCGGAGAUGAAUUUAUACAGAGAAAACUAUUGAAAAAAAAACUAGUCAAAAGGUCGUAAAGUUGCUAUACAAAAGUUGGAAACCUUUACUGAGUAACGAUAAAUCGAUUAUCUGUUUGCAAAAAUAAGAAAAAGAAAUAAACAGAAUAGAAGAAACAAACACACACACACACAAAACAAACCAUAUAUGUGAGAAAAGAGGACAAGAAGACAAGAUAAGAAAACGAAAGUUGAUAAAUGUUAGGAAAGAAAAAGCCAACAAGAACAAAACAGAAACACAUAAAGCAGUAACAAUUAAAUAUUACCAAACAACAACAAAAAAAAAACACAUGAAAAGGAGCAAAGUUGAUAAAAGAAAACGGGAGAAACCGAAACGAAAAUUAUGGCAAAGCACAUCGAAUGUUUAGAAAGAGAAACAAACACACA